UCUCUCAAAAUAAAUUCACAUUCUUUUUUUUUCUUGAAUUGUUCUUUCAAUUAUGACAUCAGUUCUUGAUCAACUUAAACAACAUACAACCAUCGUCGCGGAUUCUGGUGAUUUUGAAACAAUUUCACAAUAUAAGCCUCAAGAUGCUACUACGAAUCCAUCAUUGAUAUUAGCCGCUACGCAAAAACCAAAUUACGCCCAUUUGAUUGAUUCAGCCAUCGAAUAUGCAAAGGGCAAAGAAGGGUCAAUUGAUGAAAAGGUUGAAUGGGCUAUGGAUAAAUUAUUGAUUAAUUUUGGAGUUGAAAUCCUGAAAAUUAUUCCGGGGAGAGUUUCUACUGAAGUUGAUGCAAGUCUUUCUUUUGAUAAGGAAGCAACUAUUGAAAAAGCGAAACGUCUUAUUAAACUUUAUAAAGAAGUUGGUAUUGAAAAGGAAAAAAUAUUAAUCAAAAUUGCAUCUACCUGGGAAGGAAUUCAAGCUGCUCGUCAAUUAGAAAAAGAAGGAAUUCAUUGCAAUCUCACUCUUCUUUUUUCAUUCCCUCAGGCUGUUGCAUGUGCUGAAGCAGGAGUGACUUUGAUUAGUCCAUUUGUUGGACGUAUACUUGAUUGGUACAAGAAAAGCACUGGCAAAACAUUCGCGGCACAUGAAGAUCCUGGUGUUAGCUCUGUUGCAAGAAUUUAUAAUUAUUAUAAAAACUAUGGUUACAAAACUAUUGUAAUGGGUGCUUCUUUUCGCAAUACUGGUGAAAUCGAAGAAUUAGCUGGUUGCGAUUUCUUAACUAUUAGUCCUGCUUUGUUGCAUGAAUUACAAAAUGAUAAAAAAGAAAUUAAAAGAAAAUUGAGUCCUGAAUCAGCUAAAGCUUUUUCGGAACCAAAAGUCACUUUUGAUGAGAAGACUUUCCGAUGGGAAUUCAAUGAAGAUGCCAUGGCUACUGAAAAGCUUUCUGAGGGUAUUCGUAAUUUUGCUAAAGAUGCUGUCAAAUUGAAAAGUCAAUUAAAAAACACAUUGUCUAAUUAAAUUAAAUGGCAUGAAUUAUUGUACUUGUAGCUACACAUUUAGUGUAUUUAUUUAUUAAUCAUUGUUCUAUAUUAGAAUAAAUAAAAUUUGCCAAGUAAAAAAUAAGUUAUUAGGAUACUAAGGAAUUAAGAUUAGUUCAAAAACUAUUUCAAUUUCCUGUUCUCAAUAUAAGAUUAUGGUUCAAUUUUUCAAUUUCUUGUUUUCUUAUUAUUGAUGAAUU